CGACCCACCAAAUGACAUCCUUUAUUUCCUAUUGGUCAAAUUCUUAUGCACCUUUCGUGUAGCAACUUCCACCUGAUCGCUUACGCCAAUCAUCAUCAACAUCAGCAACGUUUUCGUCAAGUUCAGGAGGCUGAUUAAACAUGAGGGAAACACAGAUUGCUAACUCGCUAACCACCUGUAUCUCUUCCCUUGCCUUCAACUUCCUAGCUGCCAAUUCUAUGUCGUCCCCUUCUUGUCCAGAGCCUUCCCCAGGAUCUCAUGCAACUGCAAGAUCAAUCUCGCUCUGGUCCGCAUAGCCGCAGUUCCCACCAAGCAUGAUCAAUCGGCGCCGCCUCAAGCCCCAGGAUUGUGUGGAGAAUCAUUGAUAAUAGGUAGAUUGAGUUGACAUGGCACCGCCCAAGAACCGGAUACGCAAAUUCCACCGUCGCAGCAAGAACGGUUGUUCGACGUGUAAGCAGCGUCAUGUACGAUGCGAUGAGCGGAAGCCUUUGUGCACGAAUUGUCUGCAGACUGGCAAGGACUGCGUAUACCCUGAAGUAGACCCUGCCGAAGAGUCUCGAUCAGAAUCCCUUUCCGAGUCCCGCUCUGGGUCCGAGCCAACCGUCGUCCCGGCCGAGGAAGCCUCCAUCAUUACCAAUGUCGUUUCAAACCAGCCAUUUGCCGGCUUCUCAUGCGACUACCAGAUGUCGGCAAUGUCACAAUGGCUCUGGCACCAGUUCACCGCCUUUUACGUCAGAGGUCAGACUCCAGUAGAAAGGGGACAGAACCUAUGCAGCGUGCAAAGAACACUUCUGCACCCGGGACUGCUUCACGGCUGUCUCGUCGUUGCGGCUUGCCAGUGGGCCUGGGUCACUGGAUCCCUUGAACACGUCAAGGUGCCAUUUCUCUAUCACAAGGCAGCCGCCUAUGAGUUUGCAAAGCAUCAACUCUCCGAGUCUGAGGAUGAUGUCAGCGAUACAGCCAUCUUUGCUAUAGCCAGCCUGGCACUCACUGAGGGAGCGGUCGGGGACUUGGAUGCUUCCUCGAAGCAUCUCCGCGGUCUUCACAGAUUAACUCUCAGGAAGAACGGCUACAACUUGAUGAGAUCGAAUCUGGCACAACAGAUGCUACAGAUGGCUGGCGAUCGCCUACGUCUAGGCGAAGUAAACGUGAUUCACGACGCCAUCAGUGCUGAUUUCCAGCCCAGCAUCAUCGCCUUGCUGUUCACGUCACUGUGGGAUAUGGAAAGUCUCCCGCCGCGGCAAGCACCGAGAUACGGUUGGUGGGAAGGCGACGAGACGCCCACAGACAGGCUCUGGCAGGACUACACCAAAAACCUAAACUGGGAGCUUUCUCGUGGAUUCGACCCAGAGCGCAACAUAGCGACGAUGCUGAACGGCGACGCAAAGAGCAGCAGGGCGAGCUAUAUUGCCACCUUUUUCUACCUCGUCAUGGCGGUCAACGACAGCAAAAUGGAUUGCGUUCUGACCGUGUGGCUGCUGGAACAACUCAUUGACGAUGUCUGCGACAAGGAGGAGGAAAUGAUUGCCGGGAAUUUCGGUCGCAGCCUUUGGUUAUGGAGUGUCCUGUUCGGAGCAGCUGUGGCUUACACGGGUAGACCAAUUACCGCAACAGGCAGAGAACAACUUGCGAGGUGGAGGGAGUUGUAUGCUGCGAAACUGAGCCUGGCUAGCGACGUAUUGCAGCUCAAGAGCUGGCACGACGCGAAGACAGUACUGGCGGAUGUCGCCUGGACCGAAGGCUCAGAUGCUGAGGGCAGACUACAAGGCAUUUGGGAAGCAGCUGUCUUGCAUCGCCAGAGCUCUGCGAGUCGCGUACGCGAGUUGGACUUGACGACGUGA